AUGUCGUCGAAGUCAACAGUUCCAACGCAGAGCGACAUCACGCUCGUGCCUGAGAACCUUCUCAAGAAGAGAAAGUCUCAAGAAAAAGCCCGCGAGGAGCGCGCAAUCGCAACGCGGGAAAAGCGAGACAAGAACAAGAAGAAGCGCGAGGUCAUCUUCACACGGGCUGAGAAGUAUGUCAAGGAAUACCGCGAUGCCGAGAGGGAGCGGAUAAGAUUGGCACGCGAGGCCAAGAAGAGCGAGAGCCUCUACGUUCCCGAGGAGCCCAAGCUUGCGUUUGUGGUGCGGAUCAAGGGCAUCAACAAGAUUGACCCGAAGAAGCGCAAAACACUGCAGCUGUUGCGGCUGCUGCAAAUUAACAAUGGCGUCUUCAUCAAGCUGACCAAGGCGACGAUGGAGAUGCUGAAGAUUGUUGAGCCGUUUGUAGCCUAUGGGUACCCGAAUCAAAAGUCGGUCCGUGAGCUCAUCUACAAGCGUGGUUACGGCAAGGUUGACAAGCAGCGGAUUCCGCUGACGGACAACGAGAUUAUUGAAGAGAAUCUCGGUAAGUACGGCAUGAUUUGUAUGGAAGACGUUAUCCAUGAGAUCUGCACGGUCGGACCCAACUUCAAGGCGGCGUCUAAUUUCCUGUGGCCGUUCAAGCUCAACAGUCCGACGGGCGGGUUCCGCAAGCGCAAGUUCAAGCACUACAUUGAGGGCGGCGACUUGGGCAACCGGGAGGACAAGAUCAACGAGUUGAUCCGGCAGAUGAAUUAGUGCAAUAUGUUUGAGAGGCGAGUGUUUGUUUGCUUGUUCAUGGGAAUGGGGGAAUGGGGGGGGCGCGCAAAAGCUGGUCGGAUAUACCACGGGAUUUGAGCAUUUACACUGGCGUUUUGGGAGCUUGUGCGCGGCCGACACGGGCGUGUUACGAGUUUAGGAGGUGUCGAGACAUGCAGAGCUAAAAGGGUGGAUGCGGCUUUUACGAGACGCUAGCUAGGUGUAGGGUAGAGUGAGGGUGGCAGAGUACAUGGAAGAUAUGACAUGGCUGGAGGGUGCUGUGGUGAAGUUUUGAAUCAUUUAGGUUUA